AUGUUUAAUAAUAGUAAUUUGUAAUUUAUUAUUACGUAAUUUCAAUUUGCCAUAAUUUAAUGGCAUAAAAAUAGUACAAAGUAAAUAGAAUUCUCUUAUUUUAUAUAACUAAAUAAUAUAAUUUCAUAUUUUUGUAAAUUUAAAUCUUAACUAUUUACCACAUUAUUCAUUUUUAUUUAUCAAAAAGUUAUUUCUUUUGAUUCAAAAAAUUAUUGGUUUUUUAAAUCAAAAAUAUUUAGAAAAGCUCAUUUUUAAGAAUCAAUUAUGAAAUCAAAUUUAUAAAUAGAUUACUAAUGUGAGUAAACAUAAAUGAAUGCUUAUGAGUUGAUUAAACUAGUAUUGAGGGAAGAAGAAGAGGAGGAACAUGAUAAGGAUGAUGAUGAAUCUUCUAAUAAAGCUAUAAUUAUAUUAAUAUUCUUAUGUAUAGGAUUAUUAAUUUCUGGGAUAAUUUUUUGCUUAUGUAAAUAUUUUUACGAGAGAAUAAAACAAAAAAGAUUAGCCUAAGUGCGUCAAUUAAAUGAAUCAUAAUAUUAAUAGUAAAAUAUUUAAUUAGAAACACUAUGUUUAUAAAAUAGAGAAUUGGAGGAUUGUCCAAUUUGUUUAAUGCCAAUACCUAGUAUUUUACUAGUAUCUACUUCUUGUAAUCAUAAAUUCCAUUAAGCAUGCUUAACUUUAUGGUUAUAAGUUUAUAAGAUAUGUCCUACUUGUAGAACAAUAAUAUCUCAAUGA